AUGUCUCAGCCGAAGAUUACAUUCUACGUGGACAUUGUGAGCCCGUUUGCCUACAUUGCUUUCCACGUCCUCAAGAAUUCAAAGGCCUUCAAACAGGUCGAGGUGCAAUAUGUGCCGAUCCUGCUUGGGGGUUUGAUGAAGGUCUGUGGGAACACACCGCCGCUGAACAUUAAGAACAAAGACAAGUGGAUCAAUACGGAGCGCCAGCGCUUGUCGAAACAGUUCAACGUGCCCAUCCUGCAAGAUGCUCCGCCUGGCUUCCCUGUCAGCACAUUGCCCAUCCAGCGCGCCCUGGUAUCUCUCUCGCUCUCUCACCCAAAAAAGCUUGAACGCGCAAUAGAGCUCUGCUACGAAAAUUUCUGGGCGCACUGGAACGACCCGACUAAGCCGGAGAAUCUGCAGGCUAUCCUUGGGACUGUUUUGGGCAGUGACGAAGAGGCGCAAAAGGUGAUCGCGAGGACGAAGACCGAUGAGGUGAAGCAGGCUCUGGGCGGAAACACUACCAAGGCGUUUGAAGACGGCGCCUUUGGGCUGCCAUGGUUUGUCGUUCCUCGGCUGCAGAUCCAGUCUACUGAAGAAAUGGAUUACUACCGACAAAAUGAACUCCCCGAGACAGUCAAGCGUUACAAGACCUACACCGACCAAUUCCAAGCGUGGUUGCUCCAGACAGCCUUCCAACGUGGCGUGGAGAUUGCAAAUGUGGUUGCAGACCAGGCUAAGAAGAAAAAGAACAAGAAGGGCUACAGAAUACCGCUACAAAAACAGGAGCAGCUCGUCAACGCCAUAGCCGCUACGAGCAUUCCGCUCGCGGACACCAGUGGUAUCGACGACCUGGGAGACGCUAUCCGGUCAAGGAAGGAGGUAACGCAAUAUCACAAACACAAUAACACGGCGGACCUGGGUCAUGAAUACUUCAAUGGCAGCUUAGAAGCGCUCAUGGCGGUGCUGAAGGAUCUUGUCCCCGGUAUCAAUAAGGCUCGAAACGGCAAGACUGACACGCCUACCCUUGUCUUCAUCCAGUUUCCCGCCGAGUCCAACAAAAGCCAAGACGAACAGGACGAUUUACUUGAGAAGAUGCGGAAGCGGGACCAGGUUGACAUAGAUGAUGGCAGCCAGCAGCAGCAGCCUCUGACUUCCAAGACGAAGACGAAGGCGCCGAUACCAGAGGAGAACCUGCUGACUGCAGAGGAAGAACAGUUGCGCCGUGACUUUCUUGUACUCUGCUUCCUUUACAAGUUCAACCGCAUACGGGCUGUCGUCUACGAGGUGUGGGUCGCUUACCAUGAGGGCCAUGUCAAUGCGAUGACCGCAGCGCUAGUGACCGACCUAGCCCAGGAUCAUUUGCACCAGAACGUCAAGGCACUGAUGGAGGAGCUCGAUUUGUUACCAGGAGACCUGGCCAUACUCAUCCGUCAGCUUUUCGAUACGAUCAAAGCAGCUCCCAACACUGGAGUACAGAACGCAGCAACACCGCUCACUGAAAAGGCACUGCAUCACCUGUUUUGUCUGGAUGAUGCUGCCGUCUUGAUCAAGAGCUACGUCACGAAUAAGCGCCCGAUGAAGGACAGUAUUGGCAACGACAUCCAGGAGCACCCUCUCAUGAUAUUCUUGAGGUUCUUCGACGUUAUUCGCAAGGGCAACCUCAAGCUUCCAAAGUGGGAUCACUUUACCGCAGAGAUGCUGUUGCAUCAGAGUACAUCACAAGACUACCUACCCUUCGGCCUUGCCAUUGUUCUCGACAUCCAAGAGGCAGUGCGCGACGACUGUCGUCGGAUGCUACGCGACCUCACCGAGCACGGCUUAGACAUCGCCAGAUGUAUCCGUUGUCAUGUCGACUACGAAGACCGCAUGUGGGCCAAGGGAACAAAGCCUGACUACAUGUGCAAAGAAGAGAUCAAGUUCAGUACCCUCCUGUUGAAGCCUCUAGACAGGCUGUUGGACUGGCUGCAAGAUGUUCUGAAUUCGCGAGAAGUGCCGAUGGCUGCUAGCGUCUUCAUCACCGUUCAUUCGACGCUCGCGGGACUUUCAAUGUGGCACUACAACCAGAUCUACCACCAUACUACCAUUACCAAGAUACAGUGGUUCAUCAAUGGCCUCGCUCACCUCUACAACGCCGCCUGCCAAAUCGGCGGUCUGAACAUCCAGUGGCCAGACCUCGACUAUCUGAUCAAGAUGCAUGGGUAA